UAUCGUCGAUGAUUCAAUUUACUAUAUUCGAUGAUGAUGAUCAAUAUCAAGCUAGUUAUGAUGUAGGUUCUUUUCCUAAAGACUUUGGAUAUGCCCCAUUUGAUGGAGAAACAGAAGGAUCUAUAGAUCCUUUAGCAGGAGAACAAAAACCUAGAAUAUUAUUAAUGGGUCUUCGAAGGAGUGGAAAGUCAUCAAUACAAAAAGUAGUUUUUCAUAAAAUGUCACCAAAUGAAACAUUAUUUCUGGAAAGCACAAAUAAAAUUAUUAAAGAUGAUAUAAGUAACUCUAGUUUUGUUCAAUUUCAAAUUUGGGACUUUCCAGGACAAAUUGACUUUUUUGAUCCUACUUUUGAUAGCGAUAUGAUAUUUGGUGGUUGUGGAGCUUUAGUUUUUGUUAUUGAUGCUCAAGAUGAUUAUAUGGAAGCACUUAAUAAACUUCAUUUAACAGUUACAAAAGCAUAUAAGGUUAAUCAAGCAAUAAAAUUUGAAGUAUUCAUACAUAAGGUUGAUGGUUUAUCUGAUGAUUGCAAAAUGGAAACACAAAGGGAUAUACAUACUAGAGCAAAUGAUGAUCUUGCAGAUUCUGGAUGUGAUCAAAUACAUCUAAGUUUUCAUUUAACAUCUAUAUAUGAUCAUAGUAUAUUUGAAGCAUUUAGCAAAGUUGUACAAAAAUUGAUACCACAGUUACCAACUCUAGAAAAUUUACUUAACAUACUCAUAUCAAAUUCUGCAAUUGAAAAGGCAUUUUUAUUUGAUGUAGUAUCUAAAAUUUAUAUUGCAACUGAUAGUUCUCCUGUAGAUAUGCAAAGUUAUGAACUUUGUUGUGAUAUGAUUGAUGUUGUUAUUGAUGUAUCUUGCAUAUAUGGUUUAAGAGAAGAUUUAGAGGCUGCAGCAUUUGAUAAUCAAAGUUCUAGCUUAAUCACUAAUAAUGGAACAAUUUUGUAUUUAAGAGAAGUUAAUAAAUUCUUGGCUUUAGUUUGUAUUUUGCGCGAAGAUAAUUUUGAUAGACAAGGUGUAAUUGAUUAUAACUUUCUUUGUUUUCGUAAAGCUAUACAACAAGUUUUUGAAUUGCGUAAUAAAGCAUUGACUACUGCAAAUAUUAAUAAUCAUUCAACACCAUCUAUUAAUUUAAGUGAAACUGUAAAUGCUCCUACAGUGUCACAAAGUGGAACAAUGGGACAAAACGGUACUGUUGUAAAUGCACAGAGUUUUGCGCAAAAUAGAAUUUUUCUUUAAAUGUUUGAGUAAAUAGAAUUUUUCUCUUUACAUAAUGCUAAUAAGAUAUUGCAAUCAUGUUAUUCAUAACUUAAUUUUAUAAAUAUUUACUUACUACAAGAUGUAUUUAUUUUAUUAUUUCUUACCAAUUUUUUUAAUGAAAUUAAAUUACAGAAAUAUGUAUAUACAUAUAUAUAUAUAUAGUGUAAGAUGUAUAUAUAUGUAUAUAUACAUACAAUUGUAUAUUAAAAUAAAUUAUUUCCAAAUAC